AUGCUGGACAUCAAGAUGGGGCAGAAGACUGGCCAGGCGGGGUGGCAGGGCAAGUCGCGCUCCGCCGCCAUGCGGCAGAGCAUCGUCGACGGGCUCACCAACACGGCCUGCGAGGGGUUCCGCCUCGAGGGCUUUGACAAGCGGCCGCCUGCGCUCCUGUCCAUGGACCCGCUGCUGGACGUGGGUUCCACCACGAACGAGAAGCUCCGGAAGAAGGCGCAAAGGGUUCUUCUUCAACGAAUGGCAGGACAAGAGAUGCUGAUGCAUUAUCUUGACGUUCACCAGGAUCUGCCGACGCCCGACGGAAAGGGCCUCGAGUCCACGCUCGGUCCCUCCGAGCUGAUAGAGCUGGUGCUCCAGAGGGUCGUGGUUGCGCUCUGCGACCUGGCGAUGUCGUGCCGGCGAAGCCCGGUGCCGCAGAAGUGGAUCGGCAGCUCUGUGGCCCUCGGCUUCGACUGCGCCGAGCUGCCGCCGCGCUGCGCUGGCACGGAGGACACGGUGCGGAAGAAGGCGCUAGUGUCGAUCUUCGACUGGGGCAGGUCGGAGCUCAACACCCUCGACAGGCACAUGCAGCUGUCCGAGGCGGACCAGAAAGACAGGUCGGAGUUCUGGAGCUAUUACGUCGGCGGCAUCGACAGGCUGGCCUGGGAG